AUGGACGUGCUGGGAGCGUUUAGUCGGUGGCCGCGCCCGUUGCGUUCGAGGCGGCUUCUGCUGCUGUUGCUGCUCUAUCGCGUGACUCUCUGUUUGACACUGCAGACGGCGGAAUCGCCCGAUGCAUGGUGGCAGAGUGAGGAGGUCGCAUACAAAAUGGUGUUUGGCCGUGGGCAGCUCACGUGGGAGUGGGAGGAAGCCAUUCGCUCCUACGUUUUUCCGGCAAUCUUCGCAGCUCCGCUGCUCCUGCUCAAGUGCACAGGGACGGACACCUCUUUGACAGUGUGGGCCUCCAGUCGGUGUGUGCAGGCUUUGAUCUUUUUUGCGCAUGACUGCACCAUGCUCGCCCUCGCACAGCACCUCGACGACCUUCGGAGCGGCCUGGAGUCGCGGAGGACAGGCCGCGACGCGUUCUCUGCCCCUCUCUCCUCCACCGUCAGUGAAUCCACCAAAGCGAAGCGCCGCGCACCGACGAUUGCGUCAACAACGCUGGCGGUGGUGGUGGUGCAGUGGUUCCUCGUCAACACAGGAGUGCGCAGCUACUCCAACGUGCCGGAGUCUCUCUUCGUCCUGCUGUCGCUCUACCAGACAAGCUACCCGCUGUUUCUGCUUUGGGCUGGUGUGGCGUGUGCGAUGCGCGUAACGGCGGCGUUUGCGGCCUUUCCGAUUUUUGCCAUGCACGCAUGUCGCUUAUAUGGCCAGAUGGGCGUCGCACGGCAUCUUUUUAUUGCUCUCAUCACAGUCGGCAUGGCGGUCGGCAUCAGCGCCGGGGUCUGCUUCGUCGACUACAGUUUUUACCAUCGUCUCCUCUUCACCCCGUAUAACUUUCUGAAGUUUAACUGCUUGCUGGGUGUAAGCAAGUACUAUGGGGUUCAUGCGCCGUACUGGUACUGCCUCGCGCUGCCCGCAAUGGCCGCCCCAUUCGUCUUCUUUCUUGCGUGGAUGCCUGUGUGCUGGAGCUAUGUGCAGGAGGCGGAGAAGCACCACAUGAGUGGCUCGAGACCACAUCCAAAGAGCACGCUAUUUUCCGGAUCUUCUUCGCAGACACUGCGGCAAGAAAUAAAGCGGUGGGCUUUUGUUGGUGCGCCGACACUGAUGGUUUACAGUAGUCUUCAGCAUAAGGAGAUGCGGUUCAUCUACUUUCUGCUCCCACUGCUCCUCCUGAUUUCCAGUGUCGUCGUCGUCCUCCUCUGCACUGGUUCUCCGUCGGCGCUGAAGCAAUCAGGUGGAGUGCAAAGACGGUGUUGGUGCCUUGCCGUGCCGUCUGCGGACAUGGUGCGGCGCCUCUUCACGCUCUCCUGGGUUGCGAGUGCGGUCUUCACGAUUGUGCUCCUGUACGGUUACCGCCGCGGUGCCCCGACGCUGUUCCGCGAAAUCCGGGGCUCCGACUGGCACUUUGGCCACCUGGAAACGCUCGUGCGCUGCUACGGGACGCCUGGAUAUGCGCAGCUGCAUGGCAAGGUGGAUCGACUAGAGUGGGUAGACUGCCAGAUGCGGUUAGAUGCCGUCUCGGGGGUACCAGAGGUGACACAGGACCGCCUAUUUACGGAGCAGCCGAAAUCCUACGCGUUGUGGCGCUAUCUACGCCUCGCUUCGAGGGUUGACGUCGAGGACGUGGGUAAGGAGAGUGUUGGUAAGCUGUCGAAGGAUGCGUGGUGGCGAGAGAUGCGCCGCGUGAUGCCGGAAGGCGAAGCCCCUGCUUUGCCAGACGCCAUUAUCCUCUUCCAGAAGACGGCCAUCUUGCUGGAGGCGGACCUUUUGCGACCAAUGGGCUACCGCCGACUUGUGGUCACGCUUCACGCACCGCACAGCUUCGAAGAGCACGAGGACCGCUAUCUCGAGUUGUGGUCCCGGGAAACAGCACAAAACAGUGAAUCGUGA